AAGCCGAGAAUUAAUGGGGGGACAAUUGCGUGACGUAGUCCAAAAUGAUUUGAAAUCGAAGGUGGGGUAUUUUGAUUCUAAAUAGUACUUGAUGUUGUAUAAAACUUUUUACGAGUUGAUUGCAAAUAUUAGUCGCCGGUACCAACAAAAGUCCAAAAAUUGCGGAUGUGCAUAGUGCAUAGUUUUCGUGCAUUCAGUGGUCGUAAAUUUUGAUUGAUAGAUAACAUUUUAUAUGAUUUAAAUUCGCAAGGUUCUAAGAACUACGAAGCGGAAGAUGAGCGAGGCACAAGAGGCCAAAAAGAUGGCCGAAAAGAAGGCUUCCAAAGAAAUGGAAGCCAACUCCCAACCAGUAAAUAUCGAUGGCAUGACCUGGAGGGAUCGGUACAAUUUUUUUGUCGAAAAUAUUACGGUAGAACCUAUGCUCGCCUGUUAUGUCGUUCCUAGUGUCCUCGCCAGUCUUGCUACACAAAACCUUAACCUUGAAAAAGCUUGCAGAGUAAACUUAAGGUAUCCAAGUGAAGUAUGUGAUGCCUUAACGGCAAGAAGGACAGAGAAUUACGCUGUAGAAGAAAGAGAAGUGCAGCAAUUAGUGGCAAAUAUGGGAGUCUGGAAGACGAUGCUUCAAAGUGCUUUACCUGCUUUUCUCAUUAUGUUUAUAGGCUCUUGGAGCGAUCGAUGGGGGAAAAGAAAGCCUUGCAUGCUAUUUCCAAUAGUUGGCGAGUUCAUGACCGUCGUAGGUCUUAUGAUUUGUACAUACUUCUUCUACGAACUGCCAAUGGAAGUGUCUGGACUGAUAGAAGGCUUCUUUCCUGCCAUAACUGGUGGAUGGUUUACCAUGUUCAUGGGCAUAUUUAGUUAUAUAGGUGAUGUUACGACUUUGGACGUAAGGACGUUAAGGAUCGGUAUAGUUAACGUGUUUUGCUCUCUCGGGAUUCCAAUAGGACUAGCGCUCAGUGGAAUCCUUUACAAAAAAAUCGGCUUCUACGGUGUCUUUUCUGUAUCAGCUAUCAUGUAUAUAAUAGCGUUCUAUUACGGCUACAAAUCUAUCAAAGAGCCUAAGAAAUUGGACAAGCCUACGUUACCCGAUCAACCAUGUGCUUUUAUUAGAGACUUCUUCAAUGUUCGUCAUCUCUUGGAUACUUUCAGAGUUGCUUUUAAGAAAGGAGAGAGUAAGCGGAAAAAGAAAGUGAUGUUGCUUAUGUUGGUUGUGAUGGUGGUUAUCGGACCUAUGCAUGGUGAGAUGAGUGUCGGAUAUCUCUUCACCCGUUACAGGUUUAAUUGGGAUGAAGUCGAUUUCAGUAUUUUUUCCACGUAUAGCAUGGUAACGAAUCUCAUAGGAACGUCUUUUUCUGUGGGGGUAUUUAGCCACGUACUAAAAUUUGACGACGCUAUUAUUGGAAUAUAUUCGUCCUUAAGUAAAAUACUUUCCAGCUUUGUUUAUGGCUUUGCAACCACAUCUUUAGUUUUCUAUUUGGGUUCAUUGGUAGAAAUACUAAAUGGUACAUCAUUUAUUGCAAUGAGAUCUAUAGCGUCAAAGCUGGUUCCUACAGAUGAACUCGGAAAAGUAAACUCUCUUUUUGGUGUGUGUGAGGCUCUGAUGCCUCUUUUAUAUGGGCCCAUGUAUAACGCCACCUAUUCUGCUACUAUACAUUUCAUGCCAGGAGCUUUUUAUAUACUAGGAGGAAUAUUAACAGUACCUGCAGUAAUUAUAUUUGCAUGGAUGUAUCUCCAAUCGCGACGAGAAUCCAAAGAAAAUACAAAGGUACACAUGGAAAAGAGAACCAGUGUCGUCGCUGACGUAAUUCUUAACGCAGGUACGAAGGAGACCCAAAUGAAUAUUCCUAUUACAACUCCAAUGCUAAAUGGUAUCAGGAAAAGUCCUAGUCAAGAGGAUACGCAAAUUAAGGAAAUGCAGAAUGGUAUCGUAAAUCAAGCAUUUGAAGAUAUUGGAACCGACGUGUCUACAGGAGAAGACACUAUUCAGAAACCAUCCCAAAAUACAAUUGUAGUUAACGAAAAAGUCGAUAAAAAAGGUUUAAAUAACUCAGCGUAUAUCCACGAUGAAAAAUAGUUGACAAGGUUGAUAAAAUAUGUGAUAAACUUAAAGUAAUUUAAGAUUUUUUUGGACAGAAGUAUUAUAAUGUAAUUUACACAUUUUGGACACAAUUAUAAAAGUAGGCGUAUUAAGUCGAUAAAGUGGGGAAGGUUACAAAAUGUUAUGUACGCUAUUUAGCAUAAUAUAAUUUUUGAAUGUUUGAGAUAUAUGUGUAUGUGUAAGCCAGUGAUAAAUGUAUAGACAUAUUUUAAGAAUAUUUAUUUUGUUUACCCCACAAAUCUUUUUUGUUUGUAUAUAAAAUUGAUUAAAUAAUAUCUUUUACAUUAAACAUAAAUAGGAGUAAUGCAGAAGACAAUGUAGGACAUUCCAUGUUCAAGAAUAUAUUUAUGUCCAUGUUCAAGAAUAUAAUUAUUUAUUUAGGAUAAGCACUAAGGCACCUUUAAAAUUAAGAAUGAAUGUUUAGUUAGUUUUAGUCAACUUAGUCACCUCAGAUUCGCCGACGACAUAGUACUGACAACAGAUCGCAUUGAUCAUGCCAUCGAAAUGUGCGAAAGGUUCUACCAUGCCUCUACAUAAGAGGGUUUAAAGACCAACUACUUAAAAACACAAGUGAUGAUAAACCUCGUUCUGAAUGAGAACAUCAACAUAUCUGGAACAAUAGUAUAGAACAAACAUCAGCAUACAAAUAUCUUCUUCUUCUUCUUCUUCUUCUUCUUCUUCUUCUUCUUCUUCUUCUUCUUCUUCUUCUUCUUCUUCUUCUUUCUUCUUCUUCUUCUUCUUCUUCUUCUUUUUGUAUAGAUAUUACUCUGUCUGUUUUUCAAUGUGCCUUCAAUAAGUUUUUUCGUGGAGAAAUAACCAUCUUUUUCGUGGUCUUCCCACUGAUCGUCUUACUAUUGGGGAACCGUCUAUCGCCGUCCUUACUACUCUAUUUGUUUUCAUUCGGCUUAUAUGAUCGUUCCAUUCUACUCUUCUGCUUUUCACUCAGUUAUUAAUGUUGCCCACCUUGCAUCUCCGUCGUAUAUCUGUACUUCUAGCUCUAUCACACAGCGCCUUACCAUCGAUUUUUCGCAAUGUUUUCAUAUCUGCUGUCUCUAGCAUUCUUUUUGUCCUUUCUGUAUCAGGUCGUCUUUCAGGUCAGUCUGUAUUAUUGGUCUGAUGACUGUUUUGUAAAUUCUACCUUUCACUUCUUUUCCGAUGUUUUUAUUUUUCCAUAUUGUUUCAUUCAGGCAACCUGCGGCUCUGUUUGCUUUAUUCACCUGAUCUUCCACUUCUGUUUCGAGCUUUCCGUAGCUGCAUAGUGUGAUACCUAGAUAUUUAAACUCCAUGACUUGUUCUAUUAUUUGACCCUCCAGCUCUAAUUUUUAGAUCUGCUAUUAUAACCAUGCAUUUAGUCUUUUUUGGGGAAAUUAACAUGUUAAAUUUUCUAGCGGUUAUAUUAAAUUCGUGCAGCAUACGUUGUAAAUCUUCUUCACUUUGAGAGAUUAAUAUUGCGCCGUCUGCAUAGCAGAUUAUUUUAAGUUGUUUUGCUCCCAUUUGGUAUCCUUUUUUUGUUCUUACUUUUUUAUUAUUUCGUCCAUGAUCAGGUUGAACAACAGAGGACUCAGGGAAUCUCCCUGUCUUAUUCCAUUGCCAGCUUCAAUUGGGUCAGUUAGUUCUUCAUCUACUUUUACUUUUAUUGUGUUGUUCUGGUAGAUAUUUUCGAUCGUUUUAGUUAUUCCCAGAGGUACCUCUCUUGCGUACAAUAAAUGGACAACGUCCUUUAAUUUGACCCUGUCAAAUGCCUUCUUAAGAUCCACGAAACACAAGUAUGCCUGUUUGUUGUAUUCUAACGAUUUUUCUUGAAUCUGCCUCAUUAUAAAUCCCAGGCAACCAAACGACGUUUCUAUAACGUCAUAAAAAUAACCAAUUUACGUGUUUCUAUGACAUAGUACUGACGUUGAAAAUCGCGUGUAUUUGUCUCAUCGAUUUGACGUCAUAAUUGUAACGGUUUGAAAACGUCAUCGUACCUCCGUUUUUUUCACGUCGAGAUUGUGACGAUUUUCAAACGUCAAAAAGAUGACGGCUUGUACACGUCGCCGUCGGUAAAAUCACACCUUUAUUACUUUCAAAAAGUGACCUCUUUCAGAUGUUUCAAAAUAAUAUAAAAAAUAUAAUAGUAUAAUAUAUAAUAAUAAUAAUAUAAAAAUGUUUCAUAACACAUAAUUAGUUCAUUAACAGAAAAUAUAUAUCAAAAACAAAGAAACAUAACCUCAAAUAGUUGACAAGAAGAAUUACUGCAUUAAACUAACUCACUUUGCAAAAACGAAUAAAAAUCUCUUAGGUAAUUAACACGUAUCUUCAACUAAAUAUCUAAAUGAAAAGUCUUAUUUUAUCACACAAGACACAAACCACGUAAACAAUAAAUGAGAAAUUUCUUAUGAACAACGUUAUAAACGAAAUUGUUUGGAGUCAACGCAAACAAGCUUUAAUCUCCUCCCAAUUUUGUAACGUCAGACUGAGGCUGUCUGACAUGAAAACGUUUUUUAAACGAAUUUUAACGUCAUUAAACUUACGUAUUUAACAUGACCUAUAAGAGACGUCUAUAUGACGUAAUGUUCAAACACGUGUAUAUAUUCAACCCUAACUGACGUUUCCUCGACGUUAUAUGACAUCACUUGGUUGCCUGGGAUAUAGCGUCGGUGCAUGAUCUUCCCGACCUAAAACCUUGUUGUUCUUCUGCUAAUGUUAUAAUUUUAUUCAGUUUGUUUGUUAUCACUUUGGUCGUUAAUUUUAGUGUUGUGUUUAAUAAAUUAAUUCAUCUGUAUUUCUCCGGGUCCGAUUUUCCCGCUUUUGAAGAGAGGUAAGAGGAUGCUUGAUCUCCAUUCUUGUGGUAUUCUCUUCUGUUCUAUUAUUUUUUGGAUUAGUUUUAAUAUUUGUGUGGUCAGAUCUUGUCCUCCGUACUUUAGAAGUUCAUUCGAUAUUCUGUCCUCUCCUGGUGACUUUCUAUUUUUUAAUUUCCUUAGUGAUUCCGUUAGGUACCUCUGCUUCUUCAAUAAUUAUUUCUUCGUUUGCUGUCACUUCAGGUGUUGGUGCUUCAUUAUCGUUAUCUUUAGCAAACAGAAAUCGAAAAUAGUCUGCCCAAGUUUCCUUCAGAAUGUGUUUCGUUUUUAUUAGUUCGUUCAUCUCUUUUCUUUGUCCUCUGAUCAUUCUCCAUAUUUCCUUUUGUGUUCCGUAGAAGUCGUGUUCCAUUUGUUUUGAGAAACUCUCCCAGUGUUCUCUUUUUAUUUGUCUGACUAAAGUGUUUGUUUCGUUUUUAUUCUUUUAUAGUGGUUGUAUGCCUGUUGUGUUUGUUGUGCUCUGUAUUGUAAAAAGGCUUUCUACUUUUCUUCACAUUUUAUCUUCACUUCCUCUCGAAACCAUGGGGUUUUCUUUUAUGAUAUACUGGUAUUCGUUACUUUCCUCUCCCCGAGUGAUUCUGUUGCUGCGUUUGAGUUUUCCCAGCUUUCCUCGAUGUUAUCGUUUUCUAGUAUUUCAUUAUCAGCAAUCUUCUCUGAUAUUCUUUUUCUGUAUAAGUAUUCCGUGGAUUCCGUACUUAGUCCUUCGACUUUGAUUUUUGUUUGUGUUGGUGCCACUCUCUUAGGUGUGAAGCAUUUCAUGGUGAUUCUAAUUUUCCAUAAUACUAGGCUGUGGUCACUACCUACAUCUGCUGAGUUGAGGCAUCUUACAUCGAUUAUUUUUGAUGAAUGUAUAUCUCUGUUAGUUACAACAUAAUCUAUCAUAGAUCUUUGUUUACGGGUAUUAUUGAAUGUAUAUUUGUGUUGGUCUUUGUGGCCAAAAAAGGUGUUGUUUAUUCGAAGUUCGUUAUUCGUGCAGAAGUUUAUCAUCAGUUCUUCAUUUUAAUUUUUGACAUUCUCAUUAUGUUUUUGUUUAUUUCCGGGUAUGAAUUGGUUGCCUAUUCGAUCGUUAAAAUCCCCCAGUAUUAUCAACUUUCCUCUAACUUGAUCUACUACUUGUUGCAAUUGAUCAUAAAAUAUUUCCCUUGUUGUUUGGGGCUUACUAUUUUCUGGGCCGUAUACUCCGAUGAUGUUGAGGUCUUCCUUCUCCAUUCUAAUUUUUGCUGCGACAAUCCUUUCUGAUACAUAUUGACACUCUUUGAUGUUAUUUUGGUAUCUUUGGUGUAUUAGUAAGGCUACACCUUCUUUGGCCCUGUUUUGUUUUGCUACUCCACUGUAGAUUAGUAUCUCCUUCUUCAGGUUCCUUUCCCUAUCGGAGGUUGGAAAUCAUCAUCGCUAUUUUAAUUAUAUUGGCCGCACUUCUGAAUAAUUCUAAUGAGCUGUAACCGAACCACUCUCUCAAAUCUCAAAAUAGAUUAGUAUAUAUUCGCCUAAUUUUGACUGGCCUUUUCCUUUCUUUUUGGUUUUCUGUAGAGCGCAUAUAUCUAUUUUUUUUUCUCUUUUAGCUCUUGGGUUAUUUCUUGUGGUUAUUUGGGUUAUUUCUUGGGUUAUUUCCAAGUGGUUAUUCUCAUCUGGGUUUUGGAGAUUUUGACAAAUAUCUGGGCCACUAAAUUCGUUUAAGUAGAGACAACCAGACCAAUGAGCUAAUAUCUAGAAUAGGGUUGACUUGGGCGGCUUUUGGAAAGCUUAGAAACGUUUUCAAAUGAGCUCUUACCAUCUGCUUAAAGAGAAAGGUCUUUGAUCAAUGCGUGCUGCAGUUUCUAACCUAUGCUGCAGAAACGCCAACGCUUACUAAGACGUCCUCAAACAAUACUCAAAUAACACAGAAGAUAAUGGAACGGUCCACGUUGGGAUUAACUCAAAGAGACCGAAUAACCAACACAGAAUUGCGCCAUAGUUCGGAAGUAACCGACGCAGUCAAAAGAAUAUCGAUCUUAAAAUGGAACUGGGCAGGGUACGUUGCGCGAACGAAUGUACGCAGAUGGAUAAAACGUAUUCUCGAGUAAAGACUCAGACAGGACGCCAGAGGAUGACCACCAACAAAAUGGACAGAUGAACUUGUGGUUACUUUGCUUUGGACAGACGUUAAAGAGGAUGAAAAAUGUAAAUUAAAUAAUCGAGUUGAUAAUAUUACCCAAGGCGAGUUCGUGAAAGGAUCUGAUAGUAGUAGUAAAAUGUUGAGUUUACUGGGAGCAGCCUUUUGUAGGGGCAUUUCAGGGAAAAAGCAGAAUGACUGCUUCAGCAGUUCGGGCAUAUAGGUGCAUUUGCUUUUUUUUUGAUACGCGAAAUAUUUGUCAUUCUGUCCAUCAUAGUUGAGGUACAGUAUGUUUUUGCGGGGAAUUUUGUAUUGAGAUGUUAGCUUUGACAGAAAUACUUUAGAAGCGUAAGGAAUGCAAUAAUAAUUGUAGUGCUUCUGCUAAUUUCGGGGUUGGAAGUCCGUGAAGACUCGUGCGAUUUCGGGAUAUUGGAUUGUUGUUAGAGCGGAAAAUGAUGAGGACGGCUUUGGAGAAUAGGAAGUUUAUUUCGGAUAAGCUUUUCUUAUUUUAUUUUUGAAAGGACGAAAGUUGGUCUAGAAAUUUCUGGAUAUUAGUAUUAGGCUAUGAGUGGUGUUACGUAAGUUUGGAGACGAUAAAGAUUUUGUAGAUUAAUUUUAGACGAUAGACAUUUUGUAGAUAAAUUUUCUAACCAUUUCAUACCAUGCCUAGUAAAUUGUUUCUGUAAAGAUGGAGAACGUGUAAUUUAAUCAGGUUUUGGAACUGUUUACUUAUGGCAUAUAAAUUUAACCCGGGAGCAGUCGCGCUCACUUCUGUAACGUAAGUAGUCGCGCGUAGAGGAAAAAUCACACAAUAUAGAUUUAAAUGAGAAUUUAAAUUAAAUUUCUAUUUUAUAAUAUUUUUAUUUACUUGUUAUGUAAAAAAUAUCAAUUUCUAACAAUUUUAAAGCUAACCAGUUCUCAACAAAGCCAUAAAUUCCACAAAAAAAAAAAAUUUAAAAAAUUUGUACGCAUUCGUACGAUCCUCCUCGAGGCACUUACGAGUGGAAAGCAAUGUUGAAAAAUGUUUCAUCAAGUUAUCACGGAAAAGGAUAAAAUGUGAGAUUUUUUCUCACGGCGCGACUGCUCCCGGGUUAAGGCAUUAUAUUUGUAUGGAAUUAUGUCACAAUUCAUUUCCACUCCGGACAUCGUAUUCAAAAAUAUUAUUAAAAAAAAACGGUAAAUUGUAACAAAAAUGUUAGUAAGCGGGUUAUGUCGUCCAAAAUUGACGCAGCGGUUGACUUGUUGACUUGUUGACAGUUGAAAGAGAAAUCUGAGUGUGGUGGUUUUGCUCUCAUGAUAUCAAACUAUGAUAAUUUUUUAUGUUUUUGUAUUAAUUGUUUUGGUAUUAUGCCUUUUUUGUAUAGUGUGCUUUUGUAUGUUUAUGUAUUGUGUGGUGUAUAUAUAUCCAAAUAAUAUGCAUUAUAUGGAUAUAUUAUUGUAGAUCAUAAUAUAUCUAACUGUCUAUAAAUCAGCUGAUGUUGGUAUAUUCUUGUUGCUAACUUCCUUUUUUUCUUUUUCAUUUCCUAAAAUUCUUUUAGCAUUGCCAACCAGAGCCUGCUACCUUCUGUUAUUGGGUGUGCUACAUUACUCUUCAUCAAGUAAUAUGAGAACUGCUUUCGAAUUUGUUUCUUUGUAAUUUCUGUUUCUUUCAUGACUACUGAUCAAUCUUUCUAUUGUACUCUGUGCUCAUUGUCCCAUACCUGUUUGCAUAUCCGUGACUUGUCGAAGUCUCUUGCAUGUUUCAUGCUCGUUUAUUCUGACCCUUAUUGGUCUUUCAGUUUCUCCCACAUAGAAAUUGGUGCAUUCACUGUGUAUCCCUGCUGAUACCUGUUGUGUAUGUUUGAUUUGCUGCUGAGAACGAGUAACCAGUCAAAUACAAUUGGUGUUUUCAUUGCUGUAGAGAUAUUACAUGAGGUAGUUUUAAUAUUUUUGUAAUGUCAGUGUGUUUAUAUUAUUUUCUAAGUGGUGAUCUAGGCAUGUGGGCAUCUUAGGCGACUAUUGUCGCCUGUGGGUAUCUGUUUCGUCUUCGCAUCGUUGCACUAUGAUAAAGUCCAAAUGCAUAAUCAUUCGUACACUGGCAAUAGGUGUCAUAUAAAAUGAAAAAUGAAGUUGCUGGUAUAUAUAAAGGGAAAACAGCUCAAACGAGGGUGAUAAAGAACCCCGCAAUACUCUUUAUGGAAAAUUGGCCCCGGUAAAAUUUACCGAAAGUUCGCUCAAUGACAGUCCUUAAUGCGUAGAUUAAAAAAGUCCAUUAGACAUAGGUCUGAAAAACUAUUAUUCUGGAGCUACAGCCUUUUGAAGUUAUUGGUUAUCGGUGCUCGGUUUACGUUAAGUGCACUAAUUCACGGCCAAGUGAAGAAAAAUAUUUAUCAUUGAAAGAAGAGACUCAUUUUAUUCAUCCAUAUUUGCGUGUUGCAUAUGAAUUCGUUUUCAAAAAUAGAUGCAUUGUAUUUUAGCCUUUAGAAAACCUCCGAAAACCCCUCAGAAAACAGAAGAAGUGAGAUAGAAAAUGUGCUGUUAGAAAGACAUAGGAAUUAUCAUGUUUCCAUGAAUGCUUUACACUUAUCCGAUAACAGCAUAGCUGCAGUUCAGCCUUAUGUUUAGAAAACAAAGAAACAGUGGCGGAUCUAAGGGAAGGGAUAGGGAAGUUUCCCUAAUACGCUCCAGAAUUAAAUAAAAAAAUUUGGAAAUAUAAAAAAACACUCGAUAGUUAGCAAAAUUAAGGGAAUUUAUUGCAUAUAAGUUAUUAUAUUUUCGGAGGUUUUCUGAAGACUGAAACACGAUGCAUCUAUUUUUGACCACGAAUUCAUAUGCUACACGUAAAUAUGAAUGAAUAACUCUUAUUUUAAUAAUAAAUAUUUUCGUUCACUUGACCGUGAAUCAGUGUACUUAACGUAAACCGAGCACCUCUAUCUAAUAAGUUCAGAAGGCUGUAGCUUCAGAAUAAUAGUUUUUCAGACCUAGAUCCCAGGGACUUUUUAGUGUACGCACUAAGAACUAUCAUUGACCGAACUUUCGUUUGACCGAGGCCACUUUUCCAUAAGGAGUGUUGCGGGAUCCUUUCUGACUUAAUAAUAAUCUUUUGUUAUAAAGAAUAAAUUAGUAUUUUAAUGAAAAUAUCGAAUCUUGAAAGAAUUUUGUAACCUUUUUCAUAUACUAUUAUUUAAGAGCUCUCAGUUAUUUGUGUUACAGCCUUCUUGUUUAUUUUUAGAUUAUGGCUGAUCUCAAACUAAGAUUUAGAUCGUAUAUAAUGACUGUAGGGGUUUGUUUCUAGGAUAUUUUGUAAUUUGUUAAGAAUUUUAUUUAUUUUAUAUUAUGGUUUAAACUAUACCUUUCCCGUACAAUUCUACUUAGACCUGCAACUUUAUUGCAGAACAGUGAGUAAUUUAGAGGUAGAGUGAUGCAGAAUAGUAUUAGAAGUAAGUCAUUUUCUAGUACACAGAAUAAUAGCAGGUCAAAUGAGCAAACAGUCCGAAUUUAUAAAUUAAAAGCAAAAAACGAAAAUAUAAGCGUCAACGAACAAGAGUUUAAAAACACAAAUAAUCAUGUAUGUAUACCUAAGAGAAACGGUUUAUAUCAUAAACGGUAGAAACGACAAAUAUUUGGACAUAGUAUAGUAUAUAAAGAUUACAAAAUAAUAGGCGUUCUAUGAUCAAAUAAUUUCGCUAGUUAUUAUGCAGUGAUCAAAGAAAAGACGUAAUUGCAUAAUUUAUGGAUUCUAAAUGGCAUUCGAUAAAGUCCAGCAUGUGGAAUUAAUACAGAUCCUAAAAAAUAUACUGACGAAGCGAUGAAAUCUCCAUAUAAUGAGAAGUCAGACAAGGUUGCAUUGUUUAAUGUCUACUCGGACCAGUUUUUAAAAAAGGCACUUGAGAGACAGCCAUAUGGAACAAAAGUUAAUGGGGAACUAUUUAAUGUAUGUAAUUAGAUACUCGGAUGAUACGGUAAUUCUGUCAGAAAAUAUUAAAGGGCUCCAAAUUCUUCUUGACAACUUUAUGAUCUUUUAGGUAUCAAUGACACGCUAGAUCAGUGGUGGGCAAACUUUUUUAAUAAGGGGCCACAGAGUUCAAGAAAUUCUACAGCUGGGCCAGAAUUAUAGAAAAAAUUCAUUUUGUGCUAAAGCUAUACAGUGCGGUGAAAUAAGUGUUACCCCCCCUGUUAACUUGUUUAUUUUAAGAAUAUAAGCAAAACGCUCUUUAAACUAACCAUAGUAUAUUAUAGCAUCAACGUUUCGAACUUUACGCGAUCCCUCUUCAGGUGACAGCCAUAACUUUGAUUUUUUUAAAUGGGAAAGUACUUCAUGUGACACCUCAUUUAAAAGCUCUCAAAAUACUGAUUUCAAAAAUGUAUAAUACUUUACUCCUAUUUGAGAGAGUAGGCGAGAAUUUCGGUCGAACUAUUUUUAAAUACAUUAAUUUUUUUCGAAUUCUGAGAAAACUAAUAAGUAUUUUUGAAAAAUUUAAACGCAGAAUGAAAUAUUACGGUAUUAUCGAGAGUAAAGAGUCCCUAAGAACUUCUAUAAUGUUUAUUUUAAUAUGUCACAGGGGUGAAAAAAAGAGAAAAUUUAGUCUAAUAUUUAAUUUCAAAUAUAUCAUUCUAAAUAAACUUCUGUUUAGUCUAAGGGACUUUCAGCCCUUCGUAAUAAUCUAGUCUUUCAUUAUGCGUUUAAAUUUUUCAAAAAUACUUAUUCGUUUUCUCAGAAUUCGAAAGAGAUAAAUGCAUUUUAAAAUAUUUCGACCGAAAUUUUGCGCCCACGCUCUGAAAUAGGAGUAAAGUAUUGUACAUUUUUGUAAUCAGUAUUUUAAAAGCUUUUACAUGAGGUAUCACAUGAUAGUACUUUCCCAUUAAAAAAAAUCAAAGUUUUGUCUGUCACCUGAAGAGGGAUCGCGUAAAGUUCGAAACGUUGAUGCUAUAAUAUACUAUGAUUGGUUUAAAAAUCGAACUGUCUGAGCGUUUUGCUUAUAUUCUUGAAAUAAACAUCAUGUUAACGGGGGGGGGGGGUAACACUUAUUCCACCGCACUGUAUGUAUACUUGUAUACUAUCCAUGUCGAUGAAUCCUCGGCGGGCCGGAUUAAAUACUUUCACGGGCCGGAGUUGGCCCGCGGGACGUCCUUUGCCCAUCACUGCGCUAGAUAAUAAAAAUAAAUGCUAAGAUUGUCACUGCAAUGUUUCAUUUGGGCGAUAUUGAAAAGUGUGAUAAAUAAUAUUCUAAUUACCAGCUAAAAUUUUUUUAUCAUUAUCUGCAAAUGUUACUAUAAACCAGGGCAUUUAGAAAAAAAUCGACUUUUAAAUACAGUAUCUAGAGAUUUGCAACUUUUUGCAUUGCGUUCAGGAUGAUGUCAGAAGAAGUUCUAAAAUAUAAAAAUGCAUCCAGAUGUGCAUAAACAUGUCAACAUAAGUGUGUAAAGGGCCAGAUUUUUACUCGGGAGUUCUUACGGUCGCUAAAUGAGUGCGCCAUUAUAACCGACCCCCGGAGUAACUGGAGUCCAAAAAACCACUCCAAACAUUCCCCAGACUUUUCCAACAUUUCUUAUCAGUCGCCUUGGGCACCAAGCGGUCCGGGUGAUGGUUCUGAUGGCGUAUUUGUAAUCAACGACCCCCAAAACCGCCUAGUAAUCUAUUUGCAUGCAUUCAGUACCGAAAACCCUAACAACUCCACAAGAAGACGUGCCUUAACUUUGACCGUGGGCAUCAGGUACUCUGGCGGUCGGUUUUGAUGACGUGUUUGUGUUCAGAAACAUCCAGUGUAAUCUGUUUGCAAAAAAUGUAUCGCCGAAAAAAACUUAGCAGUGACACUGAGCACCAGGUGCUCCGAAUGUCGGUGCUGAUGACGUAUUCAUGUUCAGUGAAGCCAAGAAAGCCCCAAGUAACAAAGUCUUACCUUUAAUAUACUGAUUUUGACAUACGUAUCACUUUUGGAUGCAUUUUAUUAUGCAAUUAUGCAUUUUCACCCAUUUUCUACAGUGCGGUGGAAUAAGUGUUGCCCCCCCCCCAUACUAACUUGUUUAUUUUAAGAAUAUAAGCAAAACGCUCGGACAGGUCGAUUUUUAAACUAACCAUAUUAUAUUAUAGCAUCAACGUUUUGAACUUUACGCGAUCCCUCUUCUGGUGACAGGCAUAACUUUGUUUUUUUUUAAAUGGGAAUGUAUGUACAUCAUGUGACACCUCAUUUAAAAGCUCUUAAAAUGCUUAUCUCAAAAAUGUAUAAUAUUUUAAUCCUGUUUGAAAGCGUAGGCGCAAAAUUUCGGUCGAAUUCUUUCUAAGUGCAAUAAUUUUUUUCGAAUCCUGAAAAAACUAAUAAAUAUUUUUGAAAAAUUUAAACGCAGAAUGAAAUAUUACAGUAUUCUCGAUGGUCCGAAGUCCCUGAUAACUCCUAUAAUGAUUAUUUUAAUAAGUCACAGUAUUGAAAAAAAAAAGAGAAAAUAUAGUGUGAUUUUUAAUUUCAAAUAUAUCAUUCAAAAAAAACUUUUUGUUUAUUCUAAGGGACUGUCAGCCCUCGGUAUUAAUCUAAUCUUGGAUUCUGCGUUUAAAUUUUUCAAAAAUAUUUAUUAGUUUUCUCAGAAUUCGAAAAAAAUUAAUGCGUUUAAAAAGAGUUCGACCGAAAUUUUGCGCCUACGCUCUCAAACAGGAUUAAAGUAUUAUAUAUUUUUGAAAUCAGUAUUUUAAGAGCUUUUAAAUGAGGUGUCACAUGAUGUACUUUCCCAUUAAAAAAAAUCAAAGUUAUGCCUGUCACCUAAAGAGGGAUCGCGUAAAGUUCGAAACGUUGAUGCUAUAAUAUAUUAUGGUUAGUUUAAAAAUCGACCUGUCCGAACGUUUUGCUUAUAUUCUUAAAAUAAACAAGUUCAUAGGGGGGGGGGUCAACACUUAUUUCACCGCACUGUAUUUUGUUUUCUGUGACGAAUGUUAGAAUUGCCUGCUUUGAUGAAAUUUGUCAAUAAUACUAAUUAUGAUAAACUUUUUAUUAACUAAUCAUGGUAUCGUUGCGUUACAUUUUUAACUAAUUCUUGGCAAGUAAUAAACAAAAUUCGCACGAUAACUAUGAAUAAAUUACAAAAAGUUUAUUGAAAAAAAUCCUGUGUAAAAGGUAUAAAAACUUUUAGUAAAAUCCCUUUUACUAAAAUCCCUUUUACUAAAAUCCCUUUUUAUUAAAAUCCCAUCACAACAGAACGUUUUCUAUUUUCUUACUGAAUCAUAAUCAGUGUUAUAAUAAACAGGUUAAAUGCUAGCUGAGCCACCAAAAAAAUACCAGGGUGAAACCCUUUAAAUGGCAUGUAGUCACAUUACAAGUGCAUGUUUAAAAAUCCAUAGGAUGGAUAUAAUUAAUAAAGAAUAGUUAUACCCUUAGGUAAGGUAUGAACCUUCCCAUCACAUGGGAUGUAAAUUGUCGUAAUGUAAAAACAACAACUCAAUUUACAUCCCAUGUUAUGGAAAGGUUCAUACCUUACCUAAGGGUAUAAUUCUUUAUUUCUAUAUCCACCCUAUGGAUUUCUAAACAAAUAUGCAUUUGUAAUAUGGUUGCAUUUAUAUGGUAAUAUGUAAGAACAUAUCAUUUAAAAGGUUUUAACCCUGGUAUUUCUUUGGUGGCUUAGCUAGCACUCAACCUGUUUAUUAUAACACUGAUGAUGAUUUUGUAAGAAAAUCGAAAACGUUCUGUUGCGAUGUAGCCCUUAAAGGGAUUUUAAUAAAAGUUUUUAUACCUUUUACAAAGGAUUUUUUCCAAUACAAUUUUUGUGAUUGAUAGUUUUCCGUGUAGAUUAUGAAUAAAUUAGACAACCUCUGAACAAAUUUUUUAAAAAAAGGGAUAUAAUAUGCGACACUUCCUUAAUAGCAGCAGAUAAUACACACACAGCAAUAUUCGUUUUUUUUGUUUUUAACACCUAAAGAUAAUUUAAUUUUACUUUUGUACCUAUAGUUUGUUUUAAAUUAUUUUUUAUUUUUAGAUAAUAUUAGAUAAUUUCACUAUGGCAUUUAAAUUAAAUGUAUAUAGAUAGAAUGUACAUAAAAUAUAUAAAUAAAAUUAUAUAAAUUGA